AUGACUCUUGUCUGUUCCUAUAGCAGCGGACUUUCUUCCCUCGCUCGAGGCCGAGCCGCGAUCGGCUCUAAGCUCCAUCAUAGUAGCCAUAGCCACGUGGCGACUCAAUGCCACGUGGCUCGAUUAUCCAUCACUGCCAGCUCCUCUGCCAGCUCAGCAGCGACCGUGUCCACGUCUGCCACGUCAGCAGCCCCCGUGGCGCUAGACCCGUCGUACGGGAGUAAGGAGGUGAUUAAAGUCGACACGCGCGUAUACCAAUACAUCCUGGAGCACACCCGAGAACCCGAGAUUCUUGCCGAGCUGAGGAGGGAAACUGCAACCAUGAUAGGCAAGGAGAUGCAGGUGAGGGGUGUCUCCAGAGCAGGGAGCGUUCUUGGCCAUGCUGGUGCGGCUUAUGGAAGCAAGGGGCGGGUAGUGUGGCGGUGCACCACACACGCUCAUGCUCUUGUCUGCCUGCCUGCCUGCCUGCCUGCCACCACCAUCCCUGCAGGUGUCCCCGGAGCAGGGAGCAUUCCUGGCAAUGCUGGUGCGCCUCCGGGAGCCAGGCACUGCAUUCACCAUUCACACACCCUUACUUGCUUGCCUGCCAUGCCAUGCCACCACUCCACUCCCCUGCAGGUGUCCCCAGAGCAGGGAGCAUUCCUGGCCAUGCUGGUGCGGCUCAUGGGGGCCAGGCGCUGCAUUGAGCUGGGCGUGUACACG